AUGACGCCCACCGACACGCUCAAGUUCAUGAACCAGGGAAACACCGGACAAUCAUGUAAGCGAAGUUUAGUUUACAAGUGGCACGGGAGAUUUUCAAAUGGGAGAGAGGACAUCAACGAUGACAAACGAGCAGGAAGACCGGUAACCAGUGACUCAUUGAAGCUAGCUGUUGCAUCCGAGCUUUCUACCGACAGACGAAGAAGCAUCCACGAACUUGCAGAUAUGUUUGAUUUAUGGCACGGCACAAUGCAUAAAAUAAUUACAAACGAUCUGGGAAUGAGGAAAGUCUCGGCACGAUCGGUGCCGCGACUUUUGUCGGAAAAUGAAAAAAACCUGCGCGUGGAAACGUCACAGUGCUUUCUGGCACGUCACGCCAGAGAAGGUUUGCGCCGUGAUCUCGUUCACGCCAUCCAAAAGAAGCGCCCGGAUGUUGAGAUCGAGAAUCUCAUCUUUCACCAAGAUAACGCCCGGGCCCACCGUGCACAGGAAACACUGAUGAUGAUUGACUUUUUAGGAUUUGAGCGUCUCAAUCAUUCGCCGUACUCACCUGAGCCCGCCCCUAUGGACUUCGCGAUUUUUCCAAGACUGAAGGCCGAUCUUCGCGGGAGACGUUUCGAAUGUCUGGCAGAGUUCCGCAGUGCAGUCCAGUCAUCGUUCGCGUCCCUGUCCGAGACAUGA